AUGAGAAGCAUCCUCGUCUCGCUUUUUUUCGGCUACCACUUGCUUUUUGUUCCUUGGAUCACUGGAGCCAGCGCCGAUGCGGAUGACUCGACCGACAUCUUGAUCUCCUUCGCUCAGUCGAUCAUGAAUGACACCACGCCCUUUCCCUACCACGCUUCCAUCUCCUCAUGGUAUGAGACUUUCUUGCAGGUUGCUCUGCAGCGAAAAGCAUGGCCUGUGGAUGGCUAUGCUGACGAAACCGACUUUGCACCCAUCUUCGCGCUUCUUGAAGCUACUUAUCCGGACCAGACCGUCAAUGAUCUUCAAGACGAUGAAUGGGCCGAUGCCUUCAACUUUAAAGGUCAAGAGCUCCUUCAGAUCGCCGACAGUCUACGAGCAAACAAUUCAACCCAGAAUGCCACCAUCUAUUACAUGCGAGCUGCCAAUGUCUUUCGGCUUGCCUACUUCCCAUGGGUUCACGAGAAAACCAGCCAGUCCAGAGCCAAAUUGUAUGCAUGGAAGAUGGACAAACACGCCUUCAAGCAAGCGUUGAGUUCGAUCAACGCCUUUUACUAUUCGAAAACGAGUGCAACUCUUGCAGGUGACGAAGCCUUUGACAUUCCGCUUCGUGUGUACAAAGCAAAAAAUGUCAAUGGGGCUCAGCCCGUUGUCGUUAUCAUCACGGGGCUCGACCACUAUCACACUUUUAUGCUCGAUCACAUCUCGGCGUUGACCUCGUAUGGUUUUACUGUGAUCACGGUUGCCAUGCCAGGAACCGCCGACUCACCCAUCACAGGCAAGGACGAGAAAGCCCAAGAGCAAUACUGGACCAGCAUUGUCGAUUGGAUCUCGUACAAUCCAGAAUUGUUCGAUGCAAGCUGUGUCAGCUUCUGGGGCAUCUCUGCGGGUUCAUACUGGGCGUUGAGAGUCUCGCGUGUCGAGAAAAGUCGAGUCCGUAGAGUCGUAAGCCAGGGAACAGCAAGCCACUAUGCGUUCACGAGGACCUGGCUUGAAGCGGCAGAGAAGCUUGCUUACCCUGUCAGCCUACAACGUGCCUUGGGCCAAUCCUUCGGCUUCGCCGAUCCCGAGUCGUUCAAGAAUGAAGUGGAGCAGUACUCACUGUUGCGUCAAGGCCUUCUUGAUCAGAAUGCGGCCGAGUUAAUCGCGGUCAAUGGAGAACAGGACACUAUUUUCCCCAUCGAUGACCAGCGCAUCCUGGCAGAACAUGGCCCAGGAGCGCUGCUGCGAUGGUUCCCGCACAUGGGUCACAACGGUGAACCUCUCAGUAGUGCUUGGCUGUAUGAUUUUUGGCAGCAACGUGGGGCUUGUUGA